AUGACUGAUUACGGUUCAAUCCCAAGCAAAAACCCUACUACACCAGAUCGCAGUUAUAGUCUAUUUGGAGAGCGGGAUAAGAGCCAGACCCAAUUAGAUGAUGCUUACCGCUUCACACUUUAUUCGACUGCCUCAGUAACGGUCCAUGCACAAACCUUGGGUGAGAUUCCACCAAGGGGUCAGACGCUCUCCAAAAUGCUUCAGGCUGGUUACUUUUGGUUAGAUGUCUUGGCUCCCACAGAUGAAGAGAUUAGAAUGCUAAGCCAAGUCUUCAGAAUUCACCCGCUUACGACAGAGGACAUUUUGAUGGAGGAGGGACGGGAAAAGUGUGAGAUGUUCUUAAACUACUAUUUUGUAUGCUUCCGCACCUUCGUGUUGGAUCCUAACAGCCACAACUACUUGCAAGCGCUGAGCGUCUAUACCUUGGUCUUACCAGGAGGGAUUAUCUCUUAUCACUUUAGGCCUGUUCCACAUUGUAGGAAUGUUAGGAAGCGCAUCCGGCAUCUGAAAGAACGGAUGGAGGUAACCCCAGACUGGAUUAAUUAUGCGAUCAUUGAUGAUAUCGUGGAUACGUUCGCGCCCUUGAUCCGGCAGGUAGAGACAGAAGUAGACAUGAUUGAUGAGCUAGUCUUGAUUUUGAAAGAGUCGGAGCAGACGGAUAUGUUGCGAAGGAUUGGUAAUUGUCGAAAGAGGGUGAUGAGCCUGCUUCGACUUUUGACGGGCAAGGCCGAUGUUAUCAAAGGCUUGAUCAAGCGAUUUGAAGGGCGUGUAGGACGCAAAGCCAUGGGUGAAAUUGGGCUCUUUAUGGGCGAUAUCCAAGAUCAUAUCAUCACGAUGCUUCAAAAUUUGUCCCACUACGAGAAGAUUCUGUCAAGGUCACACUCCAACUAUUUGGCACAGAUCAAUAUUGAGAUGACUCAGGCCUCAAACGAGACAAACGAUGUGCUUACGAAGCUUACAGUUCUUGGAAGUAUUCUUUUGCCGAUGAACUUGGUAACGGGUCUAUGGGGAAUGAACGUCCCUGUCCCUGGCCAGGAGUCUGAAGGCUUGGCUUGGUUCUUUUGGAUUGUCACGGCAAUAUUUAUGGCUGCUGCUUUGUUCGUCUUGAUUGCUAGGAAAACUAGACUUUUGUAG